UUCAGCUUUGCGCGUGGGUUGUUAGUUUUGUUGUAGAGUUUGAUUUUGCAGCAGAAAGAGUGAAAUUGGAGAGAGAGAGACAGAGAGACAGAGAGAAAUGGAAGGUGCAGAGGAUGGGAUAGAGAGGGUGGUGGACUCAAAGGACAUGCAGCAGCAGACCAAAGCUUUCGACAAGCUCACUGACCGUGUCGAGGAUCGCCAACUCGAUUCCUCUCGCGUUCAAGAGGCCAUGGCAUCAAUUGCUGCAUCCGCGGAAGCUGAUUGGCAAGCCAUGCGUUUGAGGGAGAAAGAAUUAGCUGCUGUUAAGAUAAAUGCCGCCGAUGUUGAUAUUAUCGCUAAUGAAUUAGAGCUGGAUAAAAAGGUUGCUGAAAGAACCUUACGCGAGCAUAAAGGUGAUGCUGUUGCUGCAAUCCGGCACUUGCUUCGCUAGAGUUGUGGGAAUUGAAGUGCCAUAGUUAGCAAAAUCAUACUUAUCUGAAUGCAAAGACCUAAUUUAUUCAGAAAUCAUACGAUCCACGUGCCAAAACAUUCGUUUAGAUGUUUACAAAAUUUCUAUAUUCAUAAUCAAGUCCUGCAGCUCUUGAAAGCAUAAUAACUAACAUAAAGGAACUAACAAUAGAUUAGCUUAGUUGUCUUGCAUUGUUCUGCUCUUAUGUUUGGUGCUGAUAUUAGACGAGACUUUGAGCAAAUAUUCUAUGCCGAUAGAACCAAUCAAUUAAUGUUUCAUGAAGGCUAGGGAACCUAGUGGCAGGGGUGGUAUUUUGUUCUGGCGUAGAUAGUUUCAAGUUAGAAUUUCUAGCCUGAAUUGGGCAAGUGGGGAGUGAGAUUUGAACACAGGGUAUCACCAUAGGUAGCACCCGUUGGAUCAUGGAAAUGCAUCCCCUACAGUUUGAAGAACAAAUCUCACCAUUAAAACUAUGUUUUCUUGAGAAAUUAUGUGGUACCCAAGGAAAUUUAAUGGUUUGGGUACUAUUAUUUUUUUAAAACUUAGUUAAAUGAGUUGUUAUCUAUUGAAGUUUUAUCCCUCCUUCCCUCUCUUUCUUCAUGUGUUUAAACUCUUUCUACUACUGACUCAAACAAUAAAUGUAUCAGAAUUCUUAGAUUUCUUCGGUUACCAUGACAGUUCUGUUUUUUCUCUUUCAUGCAUCAAAUUGACCAAUUGGAACUAAACGAAUGGCUAAGAUGGCAUACGAUAGGAUCUUCAGUUCUUGAUCCUUGGAUCAUCUAUGCAUAGUUAUGUUGGAGCGUGAGAUAAUUGGAGUCAUGUAUCUCCGUCUUUGUCACUAAUAUUAGCUCAUUUGCAUGUUCGACGUGAAGCUCCUACAUCUUCAAGUUCAGUGCUUAAUGCUUUGUCAACUACUGUGGUCAAAUAGAAAACAUUGUACUUAGUCCUAUAUCUCCAUGCUUAAUGCUCUUGUAAGGUAUUGCUCGCAACAGUUUGUGCAAGUUGUUAGGACAUAUUUGCACUAUUUUUACCACUUCCAAGUUGAUAGAGGCUAGAUUCUUGAUGUAACUUGCUUGAAGUUGACAUUGUCGUGUCGUGAUGAAAGCAUCCACUAUGUUUUCACCUACUUUUUUCCGUAUUAAAGAAAGAUUCUAAUAAAUCAUACAGCUGCAACAGUUCUUCA